AUGAAACACCGGGCCGGUGGCCGUUUCGGGGUGGCUGCCCGGGGCUGUCACCUGCACCUCAGGGAGGAGGGACAUGGGGAGAACGGGGCAACAGAGAGGUGCCAGGGAGAUUUUGGCGAAGGACGGAAUGUCCUGGAGCAGCUGGACUGGAGGACGGUAGGAGCUGCUGAAGGCAAAGGGAUGGAGAAAGGUGGGGAGAGAGAUGGGGAGCCCCUCUGGCCGAGCUGCCACGAGGUGGCCCCGGCGCCAAACAUCCACUUUGGACAGAGCCGCACAUCGCCGAUCCCUCGCGGGGAGCCGGGGCAGCCGCGGGGCGGAGUGGAGCGAGGCGCAGGCGCGGCGGGGUCGGUGCCGGGGUUGUGCCGCCGCCGUGGCCCGGCGGGCUGCGGCGGGAGCGGCGGCAGCAAGCGGCAGUCCCUGACUCAGCAGCGCCCGGCCGGCGUGGCCCUGCCCGACUCCGUGGGGUCGUUCAAUAGAAGAAAAAGAAAUUCCCUCUACGUAACUGUGACUCUCCUCAUUGUGUCAGUAUUAAUUCUAACGGUGGGCCUAGCUGCUACAACAAGAACCCAAAAUGUGACUGUUGGAGGUUAUUACCCAGGGGUUAUUCUUGGUUUUGGGUCGUUCCUUGGAAUAAUCGGAUCAAACUUGAUAGAAAACAAAAGACAAAUGCUGGUUGCAUCGAUCAUCUUCAUCAGCUUUGGUGUCAUUGCUGCAUUCUGCUGUGCCAUAGUAGACGGUGUCUUUGCUGCCAGACACAUAGAUCUGAGGCCACUGUAUGCGGGGCGAUGUCAGUACUACUCCAAGAGUACGACCCCACCAGAGGCGGUCUGUCACCCACAGCGCCAUGCCCCCUGCACACCGAAAAUAAAAACCAAUACCUGCUUCUGCUGUGACCUGUACAACUGUGGGAACAGAGUAGAGAUUUCUGGAGGGUACUAUGAAUAUAUUGAUGUCAGCAGCUGCCAGGACAUCAUCCACCUUUACCACUUGCUCUGGUCGGCAACAAUUCUGAACAUAGUUGGUCUAUUUCUAGGGAUCAUUACAGCAGCAAUACUUGGAGGCUUUAAAGACAUGAUUCCUUCCCUCCCUACACUGAACUGCGCUGUUGAAAAUGCACACCCUUCAGUGAACUACUACUCCAGGCCACAAGUGACAUCUUACAACUCCUACUACCACAGCACUCCUCACCUGCCUCCCUACUCCACUUAUGACUUUCAGCAUUCCAGUGUGUUUCCAGCCUCCACUCCUUCUGGCCUCUCUGAUGACCCCCAGUCCCUGUCACCAUCUCCCAGCUAUAUGUGGGCCGCUAAUGUGCUGCCUCGUUACUCACCACGCUAUUUCCCACCUUUUGAAAAGCCAUCACCUUACACACCAUAAAGAAUGUGGGAAAGUAGAAAAACAAUAUUUGCCAUCGAAAUAAGUGUGAACAUUUUGUAUUUAUAUUUUACUGUGGGAGGGAGCAGGAGAAUACAGAAGAUAAAUGCAAAUAAAAAUAUUAGA